CAGCACAACUCAUAAAUGUUCUCUAGGUUUUGACCAUCUUCCCUCAAUCUGAACAUGUGUCAACAACAAAAGUGACGAUAACAACGUCAAUGAUUAUCACUGACAUCGCAUACUGCAUCGAACCCGAGUUUCUAUCGUCUGAUGAAACAUCAACGCGUAUUAUAGAGACACUCUUCAGAGGUCUACCUCCAGUUUCUUGCUGGCUUGGUAACUUGGGCUCUUUUCAUCUGGAAGCGGGCGUGUUUUUUUUCUCUCCCGGGGCGCUGGAUUCUGUGUAGCCCAGUGGCAAUAUCCGUCCAAAGACGUAUCUUGGUGGAAUUACCGGGCGAUUCUAUUCUAUUUGGAAUUCUCUCCACCGGAGAAGCUCCCUCUUCGGCCACUCCUCGUCCUCUUCUCUGGUGGGAGGUUAGCAGAAGGCAUAGGGUUGUGGAGGUAUGACUGCGUUGGCUGGGGCUUUACCAAGGAUGAUGCGCCCCACGCUGGCUCAGAACUACCCCCGCAGUGGCUUCCCACUGGAAGUCUCUACCCCGUUAGGUCAAGGCAGAAUGAACCAGCUUGGGGGAGUAUUCAUAAAUGGCAGACCUUUACCUAACCAUAUCCGCCAUAAGAUUGUGGAAAUGGCCCACCAUGGCAUCAGGCCGUGCGUUAUCUCACGUCAACUCCGGGUCUCUCACGGAUGCGUGUCCAAAAUCCUCUGCCGGUACCAGGAGACUGGCUCCAUUCGACCCGGGGCCAUUGGAGGGAGCAAACCCAAGCAGGGAACUACGCCUGAUGUGGAGAAGAGAAUAGAGGAUUACAAGCGUGACAACCCGGGUAUGUUUAGCUGGGAGAUUCGGGAUAAAUUACUGAAGGAUGGGAUAUGUGACCGGAACACCGUUCCAUCAGUGAGCUCUAUCAGUCGCAUCAUGAGGAGUAAAUUCGGAGGGAAGGGAGAUGAUGAUGAUGAUGAAGAUGAAAUCGAGAAAAAGGAGUUAGAAGACAACGAACGGCGGGCCAAACACAGCAUCGAGGGCAUCUUAGGAGACCGAUCGAGCCACUCAGAUGAGGGGUCCGACGUGGAGUCUGAACCAGACUUGCCUCUGAAGAGGAAGCAGCGGCGCAGUAGAACCACCUUCACAGCUGAACAGCUGGAGGAGCUGGAAAGAGCCUUCGAACGGACCCACUACCCAGACAUCUACACCAGGGAAGAGCUGGCUCAGAGGGCCAAGCUCACAGAGGCCAGAGUACAGGUGUGGUUCAGUAACAGAAGAGCCAGGUGGAGGAAGCAGGCAGGAGCCAGUCAGCUCAUGGCUUUCAAUCACCUGAUCCCUGGAGGGUUCCCGCCCUCUGCCAUGUCCAGUCUCUCACCCUAUCAGCUGGCUGACAGCCCGUAUCCCCCGACGUCUAUAUCACAAGUGUCUGAGCAGGCUAGCACGCUACACCGUCCCCAGCCCCUGCCCCCUUCCUCAGGCCACCAGGGCUCAGUUGGGGGAGGGCAGGACGGAGGGUCGGCCUACUGUCUGGCCUCCGGAAGGCACGGCUUCUCAGGCUACUCCGACAGUUUCGUAACGUCAGGAGGCCCGCCCAACGCAAUGAACCCCGCCAUCAGCAAUGGCCUCUCUUCCCAGGUGAUGGGUCUUUUGAAUCCAGGCGGGGUGCCUCACCAGCCCCAGAGUGACUAUGCCAUCUCCCCCCUGACAGGCGGCCUGGAGCCCCCCGGGGGAAUGGGGGCCAGCUGCUCCCAGCGUCUGGAACACAUGAAAGGUCUGGAGGGCCUGUCCGGUGUCCCCAACAUCCCCAGUCUCCCGUCGCUGCCCAACACCCAGUCCUACUGCCCGUCCUCCUACAGCUCCCCGGCCUACAGCGUGGACCCCGUGAGCUCCUACCAGUAUGGGCAGUACCACGGACAAAGUAAGGUGCCCUUCAUUAUCUGAGACCAGAGAUCACCUGAGAACCUGCUUCCCUUGAAUUGACCCUUCAACUGCGACCUGGCCCAGUCCAUCCCUGACCUGGGCACCUCAACUCAACAAUGAUCUGUUCCUGUAGACCAAGAAAGUACAUUGUUAGAGAGGAAUUUAAGGCCAAAAACCCCCCCACAAAAAAAACCCACACAAACGUAGAAUGAUGUGUGUUGACUGACCUGGGUUCCACUGGAUGAAGUCUGCCCCACAUUGGGCACCAGCUGUAACCAGAAGGGCCAUGGAGGACUCCGCCACAGAGCAGCCUUUGAGCAGACAAGCCUGGACGCGAUGGGCCGUCAUCACGUCACUGUGUAUUUAGACACCAGUAGCCUUAGAGCAGAGAAAAGCCUUUAUACUUGUUAGCCAUAGGGCCAAAUGAAUCCAUAUUCUUCCUAUUCAUUUCUGAACGAAAAAAGAAUGUGAUUUUCACUUUUGCGUACAAUUCUUGCUGCGGCAGAUUCUGUUCCGCUACGGAGAAGAAGGAGCACAAUAUUCCAGCUGUAUGUGGGAAAAACAAUGGUAGAAAAGAAAAUUGUUAAAAAAACGAUUUGUUCCAUCAAGUGGAAGGAUUUGAGACAUCAUACAUAAACUGAUAAUGUAUACACUGUAGAAAAAAUAUUCUGUUUCGUUAAACUUACAAUUAUAAGUCAACCAGUGAGAAUAGGAUUGUUAGUGAAUCAUACUGGAGCAGGUUGACUUUUGUAAGUUAAAGUGUUUUAUUUCAUUUAAAAAAAAAAAGUUUUACAGUGCACAGUUGUCCUGUUCCCUGGAUCAUGUCAAACAAUGAAUGUUUUAAAAUAUUUUUCACAACUCUCACUGUGUUUUGUUGAAGACUCAGAUCUUUUGUAGCUUUAGAGGGUUUCCAAGGGGUCAUGGGUGACUUUGGGGAAAGUGACAGAUGAAGGAAGAGGAGGAGGAGAUGGAGGAGGGGGGACUCAGUAGCUCUGAAAGGUAAAAAGGCUGAUCAGUCGAGGGAUAGAGAAUCCCCCCCAAUGGAGACCUAGUUGUUUACGAAACUCACAACCCGGAGACACUUGAGAAGUCCAGGAAAACUUCACCACAGACUAGCCCAGCUGACUAGCAGUGCAAUAUAAUACGCAGUACAACUCUUUGACUGGUUCUGUACCUCAGUCAGCCAAUGCAUCGACCUAUCUCGUGUCUUAAGCUAGAAACCUUUUCAUUACAACUGAGUGCUUUUUUUAUGACACGUGCCUUUAAGACUUCGAGGUACAAAACAAAUAAUAAUGACAGCCACCAACGUCGAUAGCAGCCACUGUGAUUGCGAAUCGCCUGGGAAAGAUGGGACACACAUUGUAAAAAAGACACCGAAGUCAUUCCAGGCAAGUGUGGAGAGUAUUGCUUUAAGGGAAAAAAAAAAGGAAGUCGAGAUUUUUUUCUUAAAUACUGCAAAGCCAAAUGAUUUAAUUUGAUUUCAUUUGCUUUUGUGUUUUUUUGUUGUGUUUUGCAGCGACAAAGGUCAAUAGUGCAGUGUUUUUGUCACAGCCUUAUUUAUUAUCCGGGUAAACUGAUCAGUAACAUCAUUCUUCAACGUUCUGCAACGUUUUAGUGCCGUUAACUGCAACACACAGGAACUUUGCGUGGUAGAUGGAUGCGUAAACACAUCCUAGUUCAAAGGUUGCUAAAACACUCAGUGAUCAAUUGUACAUUUGCCUGUAACAUUGCUUUUUUCUUUCUUUCCGAUGGUUUCUUACAUUUUUAUAUAUUUUUUGUAUAAUUUGACAGAAUGAUGAUGUAAUGUCUUGUGUAC